UGGCUCUCUGAGACGGCGGCUGCGAAUAAAUGGCCGGGAGGUCCUGGCGGCGCGAUGCUGGGUUCUCCCGCGGACUCGGACCGACCUCGGCCGUCGCUCGGAUCCUGUUUUCUUCGUCCCUUUGGCCUUGUCCCCCGCGGCUGACCGCGGACAGGGAGACAGCUCUUGGUCUCUGCCACCUUCCGCUCCCCUCUGCGGCUGCCCAGGCCUCAGACGAGGGCCAGGUGACAUUUCACUCUGUCAUCUGUGUUUUGGACAUUUUCUCAUAAUGGAGUUCCCUGAUUUGGGGAAGCAUUGUUCAGAAAAAACUUGCAAGCAGCUAGAUUUUCUUCCAUUAGAAUGUGAUGCAUGUAAACAAGAUUUCUGUAAAGAUCAUUUUACCUAUGCUGCACAUAAGUGUCCCUUUGCAUUCAAGAAGGAUGUUCAGGUCCCAGUGUGCCCACUUUGUAACAGCCCCAUCCCAGUAAAAACGGGAGAGGUCCCAGACGUGGUGGUCGGUGAGCACAUGGAUGGAGCUUGUAAACACCACCCCGGGAAGAAGAAAGAGAAGGUGAGGACAGAGUCUGUGUCAGCCCUCUGGGGGCUGGUUUCUCCUCAGAGGAAAGAAGAUUUUCACGUACCGCUGCUCGAAAGAGGGCUGCAGGCGGAAAGAGAUGCUGCGGGUGGCUUGCGCCGAGUGUCGCGGCAGCUUCUGCAUUCAGCACAGACACCCUCAGGACCACGGCUGCACCCGCGGAGGCCCCGCUGCCAGCACGGCGGGGUGCUUGGCAGCAAGGGACUCGGAACCUGGGCCGUCGGGGGCUUCACGCGAGGGGCCGGGCGGCUGGCUGGCUCGGCGCUUCAGGUGGAGAGUAAAGCGUUGAUGUGACUGUAUCUGUUCAAACUGGCCUCUUUCUGUACAUGAUUUGCACUUUGUGGAUACUUUUAUGCUCUAGCACUUCCAUACUUCCCACCGCGAGCAGCUCUGCCCUGAGCUGAGCUGGUCAGGGGCUUCUGUCACUUAAACCACCGACAGUGGAUCUCACUGUGUCUUCCUCACGCGGCAUCUAGCUCAGGCACGGGGGCGGGACUGCACCUACCCUGUUAGGGGUCCUUGUCCAGAGGUGGCCCCCAGCCCACCGCUCCUGUUCGACUGAGAGAACAGCCUGUGACCCUCUGACUGCAAGCAUUGGGGCGACACCGAGGGCUUUGGGGCCUGUCAGGAGCGCCGUCAUCUCCUGGGACCUCAGGGAACCGGAUGAAGAGAAAUGCCAUCCCAGGCAUAGCCCCGGGGCACCCAGCCAUGCGCUCCAGACAUCCCACUGCUUGCGGAUUAACAAAAAUCCAAGCAGUUUCUCUUCCUUGUUUGCUUUCAUAGCCUCAAAAUAUAAUGGUUGUGACCAGCUAGAGGGGUGGGAUAGGGAGGGUGGGAGCGA